CAGGUGUUACCAUGUUGCCUACGGUUUGCUAUCAAUGCUUAUUUGUGUUGCUUAAUUAUUUUGUUUAAUCAUACUUAUUUUCGUUUGCUUUGCUUUUACUUAACAUUAGUUAUUUAGUUUGUUUCGUGUAGAAUCUAGUUUAUGUAUGUAUAUUUUUAUAAUUGAAUAGUUUGUAAAAUCAAAAAGCGAUAUAAUUAAAUUAGAAUAUAUUAACAUAUUUUGUUAGAAUAAUGAAAUAGAGAAAAGAUUCACAUCUUGUAUAAUUGACUGUAAUUGGAAAUUCUCAUUGAGUUCUCAGUGUACUCAUGCUAUUAUUUUUGAACCGUUGUUUAUAAUUUUAUAUUUCAUAACAGGUUCUUUUGUUCUUAACUAUUUUUUGUAUCAUAAUCAACGAUCAUCAACCUGAGAUAACAAAGAAGUAUUAUGUUCUCAAUUCAACAAUUGAAAACAAGAUUUGGUCCUUAUAUAGUCCAUAAAUGCUGCAUUUUAAGACGAUAUAGCAUUCUCACAAAACAUGAUACAAUCAAAGUUCGAAGAGCUACGUUAGAUGAUUAUGACAACGUUAUCGCAAUGAGAGACCCAAAAGAACUUUAUGGAGGUUACGACCCAUUACCAGAUACCUACAAAAUGAUUGUAGAGAGUCCAACGACCGUAGCAUAUGUUGCAACUGUAAAUGAAAAACCGGAGGGAGUGGCCUGUGCAUCGUUAAUUGAUGACGGAAAAACAGUCGGAAUGUUCGGAUUAAGAGUUUCAGCAAAAUAUCAUGGUUGUAGAUUAACCCGAAAACUCUUUAAUCACAUUGAAACUGUCUCUCAUGGAACUGCAUUGCAAUUUGUUGGUUGCACAUAUGGAACAGUCAGCCGCAAGUUUGCUAGUGGAUUUUAUAUCAAAUGUUCCGACAACGUAAUGUCAAAGAAAACGGAUCAAUACCUGACCAAUAGCAAAAAGAUUGCAGACAGUUUAAUGUUCAGCAAAAGAAAUUCAACUUCAGCGCAUGUUAUUAACAUAAACCAUCUUAAAGUAUUAUUUUCUUCGUAUAUACUAUGCAGGCAUCUUUUCCCAGGAGGCCGAUUGUUAAAAUAUUGGUUGAUUUACCGAAUACAUCCUUCCAAUAUCCCUUUAAUAAUGAAUAAAAGGACUAGGGCUGUUGCUUCAUGUUUACAUCAACCCAACAACGCAUUAAUAACCAUAGGAACAUAUGCUUAUAGUUUCAAAGGAUUGGUCUACAACCUUGAUGUUUAUGGAAAUACUGACGCAAAUUUUAGUGAACAUCUUUACCUUCAUUUAAAAGAAAUUGUAUGUCUUGUAGAAGAUAAAAUUUGCUUUGAAAUAGUAAUACCAGAUGAAACACCAAACAAAGGAAUUGACGAAGCGUUUCUCCUGUUUGGCUUUGAAAGAAACAACAACAGUAACCAAUUUAGAGUAGAUGCAUGGGAGAGCAGCGCUAAAUAAUUUUUUGAGUCUUUGAAUUGAGAACAAAAUAUAGUACAAAGCUUUUACUUAUUGGAAAACUCUGUUAUCAAUAUAUAGAUUUACAAUUCCCUUAUUUUAGCAAUCGUUAGUUGUCUACGUCUUUGAGUUGUCGUUUCAUGGGAAGACACUCAAGGUAUAUAUGUAGGUUAAUGAAUAUAUUUUGGCACUAGAUGUA